AUGCAGGCGGACUAUAACCAGAACUUCAUCAACUACUUCACCGGCCAGCACAAGAGUGAAGAAUACAAGAAGAUCAACCCACACGCAACAGUACCAUCUGCCACAGAUGGUGACCUUACCAUUACGGAAUCGAACGCUAUCUUGGCAUAUGCUGCGGAUGUCUCAGGAGCUGAUUCUAUGUAUCCCAAGGACAUUAAAAAACGUGCACUAGUCAACAAAUGGCUCCUCUGGGAGGCAUCUCAGUGGUUCCCUUCAUGCUACAUCUACCUUGUUGAGUAUGUCGUCAAGCCCUUGUUGCAGGCUGAGCCCGACCAGAAGAUUAUUGAUGGCGAGUCGGAACGAUUCAACACGCUCGCCGGAAUCCUCAACGAUCAGCUUAGCACAACCAGGUGGCUCACCGGAGACGACGUCACCAUUGCGGAUUUCGCUGUUGCGGCGCCAAUGCAUCUCCAUGAAGCAUCGCGCUUUCCUCUCGAAAAGUACCCCCAUCUUAAGCGAUGGAUGACGGAAGGCAUGGAGCAGCUUGAUAGCUGGAAGAACACACAAGGCCCUGUCAACAAGGCACUUCUGCCCAACAGCAUCCCCGACCGGCAGAGCAACGGACAGUCCAAUAGUGCACAGUCUGAUGUACGUACUACCGUGAACUACACGCAAGCGGUAGACCAGCUCACAGAGCUCUACUUCUACGAGACCGAGAAAGCUAAGGGCAUUCAUGAACCAGGCGACUCGCAAGUAGAGAUCUCGAUCUCAGACGGCUGGCCGCGCGCAAACGACUUUACGCUCGACAAGAACGGCUUUGCACUGCGCAACUUCAAGGCCAAGCAUAAUGAGUGGAAUGACGAACAGAGCGUGCGUAAUGGUUUCUAUCCCGAGGUUGUCGAGUUUUUGAAGAAGGAGUUGGGCGCAAACCGUGUCCUUGUCUUCGAUCACACAAUACGCACCGAAUUUAAUGCCCAGAAGGCGCUCACAGACGAGAGGAACACAUCUCAGCGUUCCCCAGUAAUGCUUGUACACUGCGACUACACGGCUGAAUCAGGUCCCCUACGCGUCCAGCAGCUGCUCGGCGACGAAGCUGAGGCUCUACUCAAGCGCCGCGUAGCUUUCAUCAACGUGUGGAAGCCGAUCAAUCGCGUGGUCGAGGAGCGCCCCCUCGCAAUGUGCGAUGUGCAGUCUUGCGAGGACAGUGACUUCUUCAAGCUGCAUCUGAGAUACCGUGAUCGCAACGGAGAGAACUAUGUGAUGAAGUAUUCACCCGAGCACAAGUGGUAUUAUUUCCCGAGGAUGACCCCAGAGCAGGUCAUUCUCCUGAAGACAUAUGACACUUCCCCCGACGUUGCUCGCUUUGUGGGGCAUACCGCGUUCCAAGAUCCGACCAGUCCUCCAGAUGCACCGCUUCGCGAAAGUGUCGAGAUUCGUACGAUCUGCUUCUACUAG